AUGGAUGGGCUCAAUCAAACAACAAUCACUGAGUUCUAUUUCUCAGAUUUCCCUCAUCUUGGGAAUGGGAGCCUCCUGCUAUUCAUCCCUUUGCUCUUGAUUUAUGUGUUCAUCAUUGUUGGGAAUUCCAUGAUCUUCUGUGCUGUGCAAAUGGACACACAUCUUCACAAUCCCAUGUACAAUUUCAUCAGCAUCUUCUCCUUCCUGGAGAUCUGGUAUACCACGGUCACCAUCCCCAAGAUGCUGUCCAACCUGCUCAGUGAGCAGAAGACCAUCUCCUUCAUGGGUUGCCUCCUGCAGAUGUAUUUCUUCCAUUCAUUAGGAGUCACGGAAGCCCUAGUCCUCACGGUCAUGGCCAUUGACCGGUAUGUGGCCAUCUGCAGUCCCCUCCGCUAUCCCACCAUCAUGACCCCCUGGGUCUGCACCCAGCUCUCUGCAGGCUCCUGCGUCUUUGGCUUCCUUAUGCUGCUGCCAGAGAUUGUGUGGAUUUCCACCCUGCCCUUCUGUGGCCCAAAUCAGAUCCACCAGCUCUUCUGUGACUUUGAACCUGUGCUGCGACUAGCCUGCACGGACACAUCCAUGAUUCUGGUGGAGGAUGUGAUCCAUGCCAUUUCCAUUCUGACAUCUGUCUCUAUCAUCACACUUUCCUACAUCCGGAUUGUCAUUGUGAUUCUGAGGAUUCCCUCAGGGGAGAGUCGGCAGAAAGCCUUCUCUACCUGUGCUGCCCACAUCACUGUUUUUGUGCUGUUUUUUGGCAGUGUGGCCCUAAUGUACCUGCGUUUCUCAGCCACCUUCCCACCCCUGCUGGACAAGGCCACAGCACUGAUGUUUGCUGUUCUGGCCCCACUUCUCAACCCAGUCAUCUACAGCCUGAGGAACAAGGACAUGAAAAAUGCCAUCAGGAAGGUUUUCCUUCCCAAGAAGGUGUUGGAAGCCUCUGGAAGCCUGUAA